UCCAGAAUAUCAAUCGCCGAGCUAACGAAAGCAAAGCAAGCUACACUUGCAGAGAAAAAAGUUGCACCAACAUCAUUACCGGGGACAAAGGAAGCAGUUCACUUUAUUAAACUAUCAUGACUUACGGAGGAUCUUCAGGUGGAUACCGUAGUAGCGGAGGCCGUGGGGGAAGCAGUCAGAGAUCUGGUUAUGGCAGCAGUAGCGGUGGUGGAAGUGGAGGUAGUAGUGGGCGUUUCAGUAGCCGUGGAGGUGGUGGCGGAAGUCGUGGAGGUCGCGGCGGCGGUGGAGGGGGCAGUUUAAGAAAGCCAAACUGGGACUACGAAAACCUGAAGCCAUUCAAGAAAGACUUUUAUGUGCCGCAUGUAAAUGUGCAGAACCGUCACCCACGCGAAGUUGAAGCUUAUAGAGCAGAUAAGCAGAUCACACUGAAAGGCGAUGCUCUGCCGAACCCCAUCCAAUUCUUUGAGGAGGGUAAUUUCCCAGAUUAUGUCAUGACUGGAAUCAGGAAACAGGGAUUUUCCGAGCCAACUGCCAUCCAAGCUCAGGGCUGGCCUAUUGCUAUGUCUGGACGCAAUAUGGUAGGCAUUGCUCAAACGGGAUCAGGAAAAACUCUUGGAUACAUUUUGCCUGCUAUUGUUCAUAUCAACAAUCAGCAGCCCCUAAAUCGAGGCGAUGGACCAAUUGCGCUGAUCCUCGCACCAACCAGAGAACUUGCCCAGCAAAUUCAAACUGUCGCAAGCGACUUUGGGUCUCUUUCUUAUGUUCGAAACACCUGCAUCUUUGGUGGGGCACCCAAGGGAGGCCAGGCGAGAGAUCUAGAGCGUGGAGUUGAGAUCUGUAUUGCUACUCCAGGUCGAUUGAUCGAUUUUCUUGAGAGAGGAACUACGAAUCUACGCAGAUGCACUUACUUGGUAUUAGACGAAGCUGACAGAAUGCUUGACAUGGGUUUUGAACCUCAGAUCAGAAAAAUCAUUGAACAGAUCAGACCAGACAGGCAGGUUCUUAUGUGGUCAGCCACAUGGCCAAAAGAAGUGCGCAACCUUGCUGAAGAAUAUCUCACCGACUACACACAGCUGAACAUCGGAUCCCUCACUCUAUCUGCUAACCACAAUAUUCUACAAAUAAUCGACGUAUGUCAGGAGCAUGAAAAGGAAACCAAAUUGGGUAGCUUGUUACAAGAGAUCGGCAAUGUCAACGACGACGGUGGAAAAACCAUCAUUUUCGUAGAGACUAAAAAGAAAGUAGAAAAUAUCACCAGAAGCAUUCGCCGCUAUGGAUGGCCAGCAGUUUGCAUGCAUGGUGACAAAUCUCAACAAGAACGUGAUUAUGUUCUCAGAGAAUUCCGAAACAAGAAGGGGUCCAUACUCGUAGCAACAGACGUUGCUGCUCGUGGUCUAGAUGUUGACGACGUUAAGUACGUGAUCAAUUUCGACUACCCGUCAUCUUCUGAAGACUACAUUCAUAGAAUCGGCAGAACUGGACGUUCUCAAAGCACAGGCACCAGCUACGCCUUCUUCACACCACAAAACAGCCGACAGGCUAAAGACUUGGUCAACGUUCUCCAAGAAGCCAACCAAGUCAUAAAUCCCAAACUCACCGAGAUGGCUUCGCGGGGUGGCGGCGGCGGAGGCUAUGGAGGAAGAAAUCGUUGGGGCUACGGAGGUGGCCGUGGUAGAGAAAACAAUUUUUCUGGAUCACACAAACGAUUUGAUUCCGGUCGCAGUAACGGAUACGGAAGUUAUAAUUGAUAUUAAUUAACUUAGCUGCUGGCCGUAUGCUGCGCAGAAAUCGACCGUUAUUUGGGAGGUUUGGCAUAACUGACAACACUUGAUCUGUGAUUUAUCUAAAACUAACGUAACAUCGUUGAUUCCGGUCGGUCAGUAACCAAGACUUGCCAGUUUGACGCUCGGCCAAUUUUAUCCAUUGGAAACCCAUUUGAAAUUGACACGUUUUUUUUAUUUCUUUAUUUUCCUUUUUUCCCCCCUCAUGUUGUUAGUAGAACAAAAAUAUGUUCUCUAAUGAAUUUAGACACUUUAUAUAUUAUUUAAAACAUCAAUGUUCUAUCGUGUUCUAUUAAUUCUUAAGUGAGCCGAGUGAGGCACGGACCAUAACUCACACUUCAGUAUUCAUUCCAAAAAUGUGGAAUGGCCCUUAUAAAUGAAUUUCUGAGAAGUGACAGAGUUUCAAGAUUAUGCUGGAUAACUGUCAGUUCUUCAGAUGAGUUCGUAUACGAAUGCGUUUCGAAGUUUGAACACAUGCUAAUUGUCACAAUGCGGACAAAGAU